UGGAAUACACACCGCAUUAUGUUCCCAAGUCUCACGGUUCUACAGAUUGCACUCGUAGCACUUACGACAAUAUCCUGUGAAGUGACGAGAGACAAGAGAGGGCGUCGGAAGAACGACGAACCAGACAAAUCUUUGUGGAAGAAGGAGUACGAGGCGGAACUGACAGAUGCUAUGCUGGCUACCAGGAAGCGGGAGAACUACACCCGGGCAGCACAAGGAGGUCCCUCUAACGAGAACGAUGUCGUCAUUGAGAAACUGAUGGAAAGCAUAACUUCCAGUGAGAAAUAUUUAAAGAAAGUGGACAGCAUAGAAUUCAGAUUGAAUAGACUGGACAUUGAAGUGCAUGAGAAGACUAAUGCUAUACUCAAGCUAUUGAAUGAAAUUUCAAAAGCUCUUCGAAGUGACAGUUGCGCUCAGAAAAUGGAAACCGCCUUGGUUAGCUUGAAGAACGACGUUAACUCUAUAAAAUUCUACGUAGAGAAGACUCCAAUGCAACGCACCAAUUUGCCUACAGAAGGGGGCGAGUAUCGCUUAGAUUCCAACCUGGAUUCCCGUCUCACGUUCUUGGAGACUCACGUGAAGACUAUACAGGCUGGAGUGGAAUCCAUUGUGUCCACCAUAUCCGAGGUCAAAAACCGGCAGUAUUCGAGAAACUUUCCCAUCAAAUCGGAGGUUGCAACAUCGUCGGACACCAUGUCUAUCAUCAACGAGUUCAGAAAGACGCUUCGUGAACAGAAAACCAAGAAAUGCGAGUGCAAGAGUGGGAGGGUGGAUCGAUCUGAGCGGUAUCCGACAGACUGUCACGAGAUCCAAGUGCAAGGGUUCAACGUUUCGGGUAUCUACAAGAUCAGGCCUGAUGAUAUGGAGCCCUUCUACGUGCUGUGUGACCUCACGACCGCAGGAGGAGGCUGGACGGUAUUCCAAAAUCGUUUCGACGGUUCUCAAGACUUUUACAAAGGCUGGAAUGAUUAUGAGUAUGGUUUCGGUAAUCUUGCUGGAGAGUUCUGGUUGGGAUUGGAGAAGCUCAAUUAUCUGACGAAUCAGAAGCUGUAUGAAUUGAGGAUUGAAAUGGAAACACAACACGACCAGGACGCGUACGCAGGGUACUCUGUGUUCACGGUGGGACCUGAACAUGAAGGGUACAGAAUCAGCACGCUCGGCACCUUUUAUGGAACGGCAGGCGACUCUCUCUCUUACCACGCUGGUCAGAAGUUCUCAACUUACGACGUCGAUAACGAUGAGUGGAAGGAUGGCGCCUGCGCAACGGAGCACGGUGGUGCGUGGUGGUAUAAGGAAUGCGAUAAGAGUAACCUCAACGGAAAAUACUCGAUGACUACAGAAGAAAACAGAGGGCAAUCAAUGUAUUGGAUUUCAUUCAAAGGACCGAACUUCCCACUUUCGAAGACAAAGAUGAUGAUCAGGCCGCUGCCUGCCAGCAAACCGAUAGACUACAUGGACACAAGCAGGGGCCUUGGAAUGAGUGGCGGAUUAGUAGGUCACCAAAAGCGUGUGCUUGGCAGCUCCAGUCACCAGAUGCCCUAUAUAUCCAGAAAGGCUUGGGGUCUCUAAGUAUAUGCACAUACAGCUGCUUUGGAAAAACACUGUGCUUGCUUCGCUUGGUUUUUUGCACAUCUAUAUAAACCACUCACACACGGACUACAGCGUAAACGCACACUCGGGGGGAAAUAUUUAGCCCAAGAACGAACCGCUAAUGUUAUUUUCAGAUAACUAUAGAAGGUCCGCAACUGAGACCGGUGCCCGAAAAAAUUAGAGUAAUACCCAUAAAGUCGGGACUACGAACGCAGAAUGUAAAGGGAAUGUACGGCGUAAUCCCCAGCCAGAGUCAGUACAGAUACGACGAGCCCUCAGCAGACGCUUUCUUCCCCAACUACGCGUGAUCCGCACGGGGACUACUAUUGUUAUUGUAAUGCACCGUAUGCUAGCGUAGUGUUAGUGUAGUAUAUAUUUGUGAGGACUUCGUAGCUUUGUUUGUACUUGCAGCCGUAUUAUUGCACUCUGUCUCCCAGUUCUCACACACAGACCCGACUCCUGGUUCAGUCGAGUGGGUUACGUUCAAGAUCCGAGUCACCGAGACGUGUGACGUUGGGACGUAGUGCUGUGUCCUAGAUACACUUGGUGUAGCAACAUACUUAGAUGUCCAAAAUAGGCG